UGGUAUUUGCCCUUGCUCUGUUUCUUGUCUUGACAUAUUCAUUCAAUAAAUUAGAAAAACGUGCGUGCGAGGUGCCUAGCGCGUAUAGUGCGGCGUAUUUACAGCACAGCGCGAGCCCCCCGCGUAAAUAUAUAAAUUUCUUAUCAUUAAUUUGUCACACAUAAAUAGUUGUCGAGUUUAUUCUCUUCGCAUAUUGAGUGAGCGACGGACCGGAGGUCAUUUCUCUCCGGUGCUGAUGAAAUCAACUAUAAUACUAGAAGAAGUAGUAAAUAGAUUAGAUAAUCUACCGUCACCGUUAACACCCAGGAUGCCGAACAUUAAAGUUUUCAGCGGAAGCUCUCACCAGGACCUGGCGCAAAAGAUCGUCGACCGCUUGGGCAGAGAAUUGAGCAAAGUUGUAACCAAAAAAUUUAGUAACAUGGAGACGUGCGUGGAGAUUGGCGAAUCCGUUCGUGGUGAAGAUGUUUAUAUUGUGCAAAGUGGCAGUGGUGAAAUUAACGAUAACCUGAUGGAGUUGUUAAUUAUGAUAAAUGCGUGUAAAAUCGCUUCAGCUUCCCGAGUAACCGCCGUCAUUCCUUGCUUCCCCUAUGCAAGACAGGACAAGAAAGAUAAAAGUCGUGCUCCGAUUACUGCUAAGCUCGUCGCUAACAUUCUUUCUGUCUCUGGGGCAGACCAUAUCAUAACAAUGGAUCUCCAUGCUUCGCAAAUUCAAGGUUUCUUUGACAUACCUGUGGACAAUCUUUUCGCUGAACCAGCGGUCUUAAAAUGGAUUAAAGAGAAUAUUCCAGACUGGAAGACGAGCAUCGUAGUGUCUCCUGACGCGGGUGGUGCUAAGAGGGUGACAUCAAUUGCUGAUAGACUAAAUGUAGAGUUUGCUCUCAUCCACAAAGAGCGGAAAAAGGCUAAUGAAGUGGCAUCUAUGGUGUUAGUUGGUGAUGUGAAAGAUCGUACAGCUAUUUUGGUGGAUGACAUGGCCGAUACUUGUGGAACAAUAUGCCAUGCCGCUGAGAAGCUGAUUGAAGCCGGAGCAACUAAAGUGUAUGCUAUACUAACGCAUGGUAUUUUCUCCGGUCCUGCUAUAUCUAGAAUCAAUAACGCAUGCCUAGAAGCUGUUGUAGUUACAAACACUAUACCACAAGAGAAGCACAUGCAGGAUUGUCCCAAAAUCCAGUGCAUUGAUGUAUCUAUGAUGUUGGCGGAAGCUGUCCGGCGAACACACAAUGGAGAGUCUGUGUCGUACCUCUUCUCAAAUGUUCCAUAUUAGUUAAUUUUUAUUUGCCUUUAUUUUAUCCCAUACUUAGGUUAAGGCCUUUUUGACGUCUUCAAUAUGAUUGUUGCUUCUUUAUGAGCGAUUUAAUAUUACUACUAGAAUUAUAUUGGCAUUUCUAUACAGUUAUAAUUUUAUCAGCUUAUGUAUUAUGGCACAAAAUUUAAUGAAAUCUACUAUUGAAUCAUUAUGCUAGUUUAUUGCUGGCAAAUUUUGUUGUUCUUGAAAUCAAACUGAUUAAAAUUUUAAUGGAUUUCAAAGUUUAUAAUAUUGAGGUCAAUAUAAUCCGCCGGGAUGUUUAUUUUUGUUAGAUAAGCAACAUUCAUUUGAAGAUAACAAUAUGCUAGAAUGUCGAGCCCAUUUAAUUAGUUUUAGAUGUAAUCUCAUUUAGACUAAGUAUAAGAUGUAUCGAGAAUAUGGCUAUCCAAGCUCUGCAUAUAAAAUUUAUGCUGUAGUAUUAAAUAUUUUGAUAAUGUGCAUAAAAAUUAUUUGUGAUUGUUACUGCAUCAUUGGCCAUUCAUAUAAAAAAAAACUUAUGCAUGUUAUGUUUUUUCUAUGGCAUACUUUCAUUUGAUUAUUUUAAAAGACAUUAAAUUGUUUAUAUAAUUUGUAGUCUGUACCAAUCAAUAAUAAAAAAAUUAAAUAAAAAGGUUCCACUGAAGUGUAGAUUUUGGAAAGAUUUAUAAAGACAUGUUUAAAUUUGGAACUAUGUAUUGAUUGGUACAGAUAAAUAAAAGUUAUAAUGUAGAAACUUUCCUUGAAUAUGUAUUUAGGGAAAAUUAUUUCAAGUUUCAACAUCUUGUUUAGUUGUUUAAACUAAAAAUGUAGUUUUACUUAUUUUCGUGGCAUAUAAAGUAUAUAUAAAUUGUUAAUAAAUAUUGGUUGAUAGCUUAAAAUUGCCUGGAAUAACUGUAAAUUAUGAGAUUUUUCUAAAUUUAUAGAUUAAAUCUGUAUAUUUGGUCCAUGAACUACAAUAUUAAUAAAAACUGAAUUUUCA